UUAAAAAUACACAGCAGUGGAAGUUUGUAUAGUGGCUACUAAGCAGAUUUUCAUUAUUUAUAUAACACACGAAUCUAUUUGUUUUGUUGCUGAAGAACUGAAAAAUAUUAGGAGUAUAAUUUAGAAUUUUUGUUUCGGAUGUCAGUCAAUUCUAUAUUUUAUCAAAGUUCUGACGGCACGACGUGCAACGUAGGGUUGUUAAGAGAAAAAAAGUUGUUAUCAAGACAAAAACGUUCUUAAUUUUGUAAGUAAUUUAUUAAGACAAGAUAAGAACUGUGGUUUUUCUGACAAGUGCAAAUAAGAUUAGGAGUGCGUAAACGUGAUUUCCUAUGGAAUUAAAUUCAAAAUUGUCACUAAUAUAGAAGGAAAUAACUAGAAAUAAAAUAAGGCAACAAGACUUCUCUCUGUAGCUAACAAAAAAUUGUAGUCCGAACAGAAAUAAAAUGAGGAAGAUCUUCAGUAGCUAACCCUUCAUAAGGAUUGAGAAAAAUUUGAAAACCGUAUUAAAGAUGAGGCAGAUUCAUCUGAUAAUGGUCAUCUACAGGUAUUUGAUAUGGGGAACUGUAACUUUUGCUGCCAUUACACACGCCCAAAAUUCUACUACAACCCCUCCACACCAUAAAGUCUUCAGCGACUCGAAAACUUCAACACAGAGUCCAAUUCUAAAGUUCAAAUUUUUACCACUUGACCUUUUUAAUAAAACGAUUGGUUCUUCAACAAACUUCACAACCAUCUUCCAGCAAGAAGUCUCCACAGCCAGGAACACUUCAGCACAACAAUCUGUUGUUCCAGACACAGUUUUUGUUCCACCUUUACAUUUCAAUGAAAGAUUUGAUUUUCCAGAAAUUCCAAAUUUUGGGACUGUCAGACCUAAUGUUUUAGGAAAUGAGGUAUUAAAUUUUACUAAAGUAGGCAGGAUCUUGAAAAACCAUAAGGAAAAAGAAAUCGCUGUCGCCGACGAUAUUACGAGACAUUUUAAAGAUUUGCCGCCACUUCAUAUACCCAGGUGGACUAAUUUAGCAGAGCCAAAUUUUCAAAUUCCGAAGUAUUCAGUUAAUGUUAAAACGGAAAAAUCUUCUUUCAAGACAUUUAGUGUAAUUGGAGGAGGAGGAGGUUUUGCUGCUUUUGGAGGAGGUUAUGCUGCUUAUCGAAAGAAAAAAUCUAGAAACAAUGGUGAUAAUGAACCAGGAGAAGAGGGAAUUGAACAAAACGAUACAGUUUUGAUGAUAGAGACUAAUGAUGAAGGUCAGCGAUCGCAUUCUUCUAAUAGAAAUGUGAUAGAUGUAUAAAGAGAUUCGGUUACAACUUAUGUACACCUCCGUCUCUACAUUUAUGAGUGUUUGGAAAUGGACAUGACGUAAGAAAAUGCAAGCGUGUUUAGUUUAGAAUAUUGUAGGUACACAAGUAAUAAAAAAGCCAUAUUUACCUAAA